AUGGCGUACUAUCCAUAUGAUGGAGAGAUGAAGUACUUUCUAGAUGAUAUCAAACCGCCUCCUCCAAACAACAUCGAACCUACUUUCACUCUAUUAACUAAUGAAUUGUUCGAUAAAUUGGAUGCUGUACGACGCGAGAAUCUUAAUGAAUUUAGAACAAUCACUGAGAAGAAAUCAUUUAUUAUCAAAAAAUUCAUUGAUGUUUUCAGAACUCAUAUUGGGCAAGAUAUAUAUCCUUCAGUGAAAUUAAUAUUUCCUGAGAAAGUAGGAAGAUUGUAUUUCAUUAAAGAAAUUGCAUUAGCUAGGCUUUUGAUCAGAAUGUACAAGAUUCCUAAAGAUUCAGAUGAUUAUAAAUUACUCCACAAUUGGAAUCAACAAUAUCAAAGAUCAAAAAGAUUCGUGGUUGAUGAAAAGAAAAUCCGUGAUUUGCCAUUACAAGCAUCGAGGAUUAUUGGUAAGAGAAGACCUUAUGUAGAAAAACCUAAGGAGUUUACUGUACAGCAAAUCAACUCCAUAUUGGAUCAAUUAACAAUGGCAAAAAUGUCACAGGAUCAGAUGGAGAUAUUGAAACCUGUUUUAGAUGAAUUGGGUAUAUCAGAAGUCAGAUGGUUGAUUCAUAUCGUGUUAAAGAAAACAAUACUACUGAAUAUGGAGAGGGUUUUCUUUAAUGAUUGGCAUCCGGAUGGGUAUAGAGUAUUCACUAUUUGUAAUGACUUACAAAAAGCAUUUCAAUUCUCAACUAAUCCUGAAGAAAGAUUAGAUUCCAGUCAAUUGAAUAUUCAUCCAUUAUUCAAGUUCAAACCUCAAUUAGCUGAAAAACUAACUUCUAGUUAUAAUAAUUUAGUUAAGAAAUUGCAAAACAAACAUGAAAUGGAUCCUCCAUAUGAAGCGAAAUUUAAAGAGAUGGAUUUACAAGAUAAGUUCUACAUUGAAGAGAAAAUGGAUGGUGAUCGAAUGUUACUUCAUAAAGAUGGUGAUUCAUUCAAAUUUUUCUCAAGAAAAUUAAAAGAUUAUUCAUUCUUGUACGGUGAGAGUUUUCAACUUGGUUCGUUGACUAAAUAUUUACGACAUGCAUUUGCUGGAAAUGUCAAAUCAGUGAUAUUAGAUGGGGAAAUGGUGGCUUAUGAUUAUGAACGAAAUGCCAUUCUUCCAUUUGGAACACUUAAAAGUCUGGCAAUACAAGAAAGUGUUAGACAAUUCACUACUAUUGAUCAAUAUCAACAACAGACGUCAUAUCCUUAUUACCUUGUAUUUGAUAUACUUUAUCUAAAUGGGAAAGAUUUAACAAAUUAUCCAUUGUUUUUCCGUAAGAACAUCUUGAAUAGAAUAAUUCGUCCAGUCCCUCAUAGAUUUGAAGUUCACGAUGCAAGAUUAGGUUCUUCACCACAAGAUAUAGAGCGAGCUAUCAGAGAAGUUGUCAGUAGCAGAAGUGAAGGGUUGGUUUUGAAAAACGUACAACUGAAAUAUGCCAUUGAUGGAUUUCGAAACCCUGACUGGAUUAAAGUCAAACCAGAAUAUUUGGAAAAAUUUGGAGAGAAUUUAGAUCUUGUUGUUAUUGGUAAAAUUCCUGCUAUUAAAAACUCAUAUAUGUGUGGAUUAAAAAGUUCAGUUGAUGGUGUAUAUUAUAGUUUUUGUGUUUGUGCCAAUGGAAUUGAAAUUGAUGAAUUUGAUAAAAUUGAAAGAAUAACUCAUGGGAAAUGGAUCAAAACAGAUGAUGAAAUGCCUCCAGAACUGUUGAUUAAAUUUGGCACCAAAUUGCCGACUUAUUGGAUCCAUCCUAAGGAUUCAUUGGUGUUAGAGAUCCGUGCCCGUUCAAUUGAUGCCCGUAAAGAGAAAACAUAUGCCGUGGGAACUACAUUACACUGCAAUCAUUGUCGUAAAAUAAGAGACGAUAAACCAAUUGACGAAUGUAUUACAUUGGAGAACUACUUGGAAAUGAAAGCUAACUACCUGAAUGAUUUAUCUCAUGCACAAAAUGCAUUGGGAAAGAAACGUGGAUUAUCAGACUCGUUCAACGAAGGUCCUUCUUUGAAGAAAACAAAAGUCGAGUUUGAUUUAUUUGAAGGGUUUGAAUUUUUAAUAAUGAGUGAUAAGAAGGAAGCUAACGGAGAUUCAACUAGUAUUGAUGAGUUGAAAAUCAUGGUUAAGAAAUAUGGAGGCAAGGUUGUCAAUUCAAUUGAUGUUAGAACUAAUAUGCAAAUCAUAGUCAUUACUGAAAAGGAUUUACCAGUGUGUAACAAGUAUUUACUCAGAGGUCUUGACUUGAUCAAACCAUGCUGGAUCAUGGAAUGUAUUGCACGGAGGAAGAUUCUUCAAUUGGAGCCGUAUUUUAUUUAUGCAACUGGAAAUUGGGAGAAAUUUCAACAUAUGGCAGAUCGAUAUGGGGAUUCAUACAUCAUCCACCAACCAUUAAACAUAGUGGUUCCUAAUUUAUCAAAUGAAGAACUCAAGAGACUUCGUAAUAGUUAUGAUUGGGGGGAUUCUAAACCAUUGGUAUAUUUAUUCGAAGAUCUUUCAUUUCACAUAUUGGGAAAUUCAGUAGCUGCAGAAUCAUUAAAGGAUAGAAUUGAAAGAUUUAAUGGAGAGGUGAUUGAUAACUAUAUAAAAUGCUAUUAUAUUGUUAUUCCCCAAUCAACACCAAGAGAAAAUGCUCUUAAAGAGAUUGAUAUAAUGGCAAAGCAAAUUGCUGAAGCUUUGACCAUUGAUGAAAGUGGUAAAACCUCACGUAUUCCAUAUUUCGUUACUGAGUCAUUCGUUACCAAGUCAAUUGAAUUGAAUUGUGUCGUUGAUCCAGAAGAUUACAAGUAUGUAUAG